AUGGCUGCGCAUAUUCAACCAGUUGACAAAAAAGAACGUUGUUCCCUUCUUGAUCUGCUUUGUCGUCCUGAGACCGUCAAUAUUGUGCUCCCAUCAAAAACGAAAUCUUGCGACGAUAAACCUGAUGACACCCCAAAACCCGGUCUCGGAUCAUUGUAUACUCGGUGGGGCAGAACUACUUGUCCUACUAAUUCAAGCCUUGUAUAUGACGGUGUGGCUGGUGGACAAUGGUACGACCACACAGGUGGCGGAAGUAAUCUCUUAUGUCUACCUAACGAUCCCAUUUGGGCCAAUUAUACUACAAAAGUUGAAGAAGGUGGUUACAUUUAUGGCAGUGAAUAUCAACUACAGCAUUACGACACCAAUACCAUGUUUUCCUUUGCUAACGCUAAAUCACUUCAGGAUCACAACGUUCCGUGCGCUGUCUGUUUGACACGACAACCUGCUGUUGUUAUGAUGUUACCAGCCAGGACACAGUGUUACGCUGGUUGGUCAGCUGAGUAUUCAGGAUAUUUGAUGGCCAAUUAUUACGGGCAUAAAGGCAGACAUGAAUAUGUGUGUGUGGAUUAUGCACCAGAAGCUGAUCCAGCAGGUUACAGAAACGAAGAUGGAGCUGUUUUAUAUUUCGUUCAGGCUGGUUGUGGUUCGUUGCCAUGUCCACCGUAUGUCAAUGGUCAAGAAUUAACCUGCGUUGUGUGCAGUAAAUAUUGAACAGAAAUUAAAUUCG